AUGCGAAUGGAGUCAUUAUGGAUGAAUUUUGUCUUGGUUAUCGUUUUCGUAACGUCGAAAUCAUAUGCCGCUAGUUCGAACUCUGGCUUCGUCUCAAGCGUGUUGCCAAGCACAUCUACGAGUAUUCUGUACCAAAGCAUCCAAAACAUUACAUCGGGUAAAAUUGGUGGAUUUACUACCACAAUAAAAUCGUCGAAUUCGGGUAAGUUAGCGAUUUAUAUUGUUUGUAUGUGGUUUGUUUAUAACACGGUAUCUAACCGUGCCCUCCUUUCAACUCUUAUGCGUGUGAAUAUAACUUUAAGUUUGCCUGUUCAUAUGCCUCAAUCGUUGAUUUUUUUUAGAUAAUUUCUCAAGGGAAUAGUCUGAAUAAUAAUACCGGUGAUUUCUCAGACUACUUGCACUCGUAUGUAUAGUUCAUCUUGCGCGUGAAUUGGAGGUAUUGUCGAAUUCUGUAUUCAGAAAAUGGUCAAUGUUUCCUCUUUCUUGUCGAGCGAAUAUUUAUAAUUGCGAUGUGUGAGGCAAGGCUGCUACAGAUUGUAAUCUCGACUUGAAAUAUUCAGCUGAAAGAGACAUAAGUUACAGAUAGCACUUCUUUAUUAUUAACUAAUUGAACCCUUGGAAAUGAGUUCUUUAAAGUGCCGAAGGCCUGUCAAAUUUCGGUCUUCAUACUUCAUUCCCGAUAUCAUGGUUUUAAGUGUUUUAGUCUCUCAGCCUAAAUCAAGCUGUAAGAACUCUGCAAUCAAAGCUGUCUACGUGUAGAUGUAGUGUAACAAUUUAUUUACCACUUCAAAUACGUGUGUCUAUCCGACGAGUCUGCCUAGUUAUUAGUAUUCUUCGUUCGAGAUACUCUCUAACCACAUAUCAGUCAUCUAGCUUUCAUACGCACAUUUAAUGCUCAGUAGUUAAUGAGGCAAACCUCGAUCCUUAAGAUUUUGGAUCAAAUGAGACGAAGAAAAAAUCCUAUGUUUCACAAUGUGGGUUUAUCCAAUAUUUACAUUGGGUUAGCAAUGUUAUGAGUUGUGUAACUGAAACAAUCCAACAAAUUAUUUAAAUUUUCCUCUUUAAUACCGUCAUUGUCUUGAAGGAUUUUCUUAAUGAAUGAAGUUCCAAAGACAGCUUUUUUUAUUUAUUUAUUUUUCACUUAGGUUUUUAAUCGUGUUAUUGAAAGUAAGUGAAUAACUAUAUACUUGUACACAUUUCCUUACAACUGUUUAUUAUAUUCGUAAGCAAAUAAUUUUUUCGUGACUUUAUUGACACAUAGAGUCCCUCAAAGUUGAGAUUUGUGAUGCAGAUCUAUUGUAAAUUUUGAUCAAGGUUUUUACAUGGUAUCUCCAGUAUUAUUGAAAUUUUGAGUUUAUAAAAUUUGCACUUAUUGCACAAGCAGCACAGAAAAGUUCAAACUAAUAAAUAAAAGGGGUAAGUUUCUAAAGAAACUACAUGUGGUGCUGUGUUGGUGGGAGAUUAUAACAAGGUAAUUGACUGUUAUCAACUGAGUUGAAAAUGUAAAUUGGCCACUGUAAAGAGUUUUAAGGCUUAUUUUUCGAGCAUUAGUUAGCCCUUCAUUAGAGCGAAGUGCUCUGAAUCCAGUGUUCAUGCAACCGCUCUGACAAAGGGCUAACACUCGAAACAUUGGCCUUUAAACUCUUUACAGUGGCCAAUUUACAUUUUCCACUCAGUUGAUAACUUAAAAUUACCCAGUUAAGUUUAAACUAAUUGUGUAUAUGUUUAUGAACAUGGCGUUUGCAAAAUUAAAAAUAUUUCUUAGUAUACUAACAAUGUUUAGUAACAGUUGUUUUUAAGGUCAUCUUAAUUUUGCCAUUUUUUAAAUCAAUAUUGUAGUUAUUUAUAUCCCUAUCAGCUUCUGGGAUUUGAUUUAAAAUACAGCAAAAAUGCUUGCAAUAAGCCUGAAGAAAUCUUCCAGAUCAUUAACUUAAACUUGAAAUUCUUAAGAAUUAAUCAGAAAUUUUGUAAAUAAGGGUCCAUCCUGUUGUCUUUUACUAUUGAUUGACAGGAAGUUAUGUUUCCUUUAAAAAUGUGACUGAUUGUGUAAUUGCAGGGUCUUAAAUUAUCUGUUUGCAUUUUAAUAAAGGGCAUUGUGUAGUUUAAGCUAAUACCAAGAGCAGCAGCUAUAGUUGAUAUGUUUAUUUGAAAAUUAGAGGCAAUCUAUACUUGAAUUUAUUAUUCAUGACUUUUUAAAAUUUUUUUUUUUACAGCAUAUAAUGUGACAACACAUGGUGAACUGCCCAGCAGUGCAACAUCAACUUCACUAUCCAGCAGUAUUUUGAGGACAGAAACUCGCACUUUACAGAGUUCUAAAAGUAGCAGUCUCAAUUACACUGGUAUUGGAGCUGUUAUGACAACACUGAGUUCAAAUCAUUAUUUAGGGACUCCAUCUUUAAAUGGCUCAAGUGCGAGAAUGGUUUCUGAUAUAAGUGAAACAAAAAUAACAUCUUCUUCAUCCUAUCUGCAACAAACAAUCACACUGUCAAAUAAGUCAUACAGUACCAUUGCUGCCUCUUCUGUGGCAAACCUAUCAAAUGAUAUUUCUUCUACUAGGACAUCAUUGUUGCCGCAGAUGUCAUCACCUAUAGCAAAAGUAAUACCUAGUGAAAGCCAGUUGUCUCAUACCAUAACUACUAAUAAUUCUUCAACAGGACUGCCUAGUCAAUCAAUUAGAGAAUCAACAACUGUUUCAAAUCUGACAGCAACAAUAUCUCCAACCACCUUAAGCAAAAGCAUGGUAUUCAAUGCCACACAGCAAUCUGCAACUACCAUGGGACAUGGCACCACUGUCACGGAAUCAGUUAAAUCCAGUGUUCAUGCAGUAAAUGCUACACUUGCAACAACUUUUCCAGCUUCAAGUGCAGCAAUAACUGCAACCAUCCAAACUCAAAGUAUUGUUGUAAAGUCAACUCAGCAAACUGCAGCUGUAUCAAGCUCAAAAUUACAUACUCUCAACCAGUCGGUUUCUGAUACAUUGGCUAUGUCACCCUCAAGGGGUGUUAAUCAAACCUCAGUGCUGAUGUCAUCUAAAAGUUUUACUGUACAAACUGUACCUCUGCUGCCAAGUUCUGUGGUCCUAGAAGGCAAACUAUCAUUGUCAACAGUUCAAGAUAAAAGAUCAAACUCUGUUUUGCCCAAAACUGUCACAAGCCACUCAUUAUCAAUUUCACUGUCUAGUACAGGUGGAUUUACAUCAAGUUCAGUGGCCUCAAAAGAUACCACAGGCCAGUCUUCAGUGAUUGUUCUGCAUAACACUUCAACUGUAACUUUCCGUCAAAGUUUAGUGAGUGUUGUUACAACUGAUGGAUUAUCAAGUUCAUUUACUUCAUUUACCUCAAAAAGUGUUAAAUCAGUGACUCUUGAGGCUUCCUCGAGUUUAGCAUUCUCACAGAAUGAUACAAGUCAAUCAAAAAAGCAAUCAGCAGUGUUUCCCACAGCAUCUGUAUCUCUAAAGAAGUCAUCUCCGAAGGACGAGUUUGUGGUCACCUCCUAUACCACCCCUUGUUAUAUAUAUUACGUGGUGGAAAAGACUGUCCUGCCUGUUGCAACAAGUAAUAACACUGCUGCUCCAUCAACGCCAACAACGCCAAGAAUUACAAUGGAGAUAGGAAGUCCAUCCAAGAUGCAGUCAGGAUUGCCAACGGUGACAUUGACACAUUCUCCUGCUAUGACAACUCAAGUACAGACCCAGGCAUCUGUUUCUACUGAUAGGGUAAUAUCUUCAACAUGGUUAGUGGGAGUAACAACAAAAAGCACCGAGAGAACUUCAACGAAGUUGCCAAGUGACGCCUCUCCUUCAGACAUAGGUUCCAUACCCACUUCUAAUGCUGGAAAAAUUGUAAACACAGUCAGCUUGACAUUGCCAUCUGUGGUGACUGUGGUAAAGCCUAAUAGUACCUUGAAGGAUAUAGGGACUGCUAUGGUGGCAAGCACUCCUGAAACAGAAAUCGUUUCAACUUACUCUCAAUCUAAACCAUCUAAACCUGGUACAUCAACUGCCUCGGUAAGUGACUUGCAUGUUACACCCACUGCAAACGAGACUCUAGCCACUGAAGUCACAUCAUCUGUUAGCAUCACACCAGUUGUUACCAGUGCACGUAUUUCAGUUCCGAGGAACAUGUCUUCUACGACUGUAAUUAGAGUGUCUUCAAACAAAACUCGUGCAACAAGUUCACAGACAUCAUCAAUUAAUUCCGACAUAUCUGGUGACAGUUCACCAUCAACUGCUCAGUCAUUUAAUAUCUUUGUUUCUCCAUCAAAAUCCGGGACAGAAGGAAUAAGCAUCAACACAAGUCAGCAUGCAACCCUGCUUUUAUCAAAAUCUGGAUCGUCAAGCACGUAUAUGGGAAGUUCAAGUCAUAGAAAAGUUGCGUCAAGUCCGUCUACGAUAAUAAAUAUUACUGGAUCUUCAGGUGUUUUGAAGAAAAAUGCGACAGCAUUGACGCCAUUGCCAUCUCCAACGACAAGUGGAAAUCUUCAGUCUGUUGCUUCGAACAAAACGUUAUCCACCAACCUUAAUUCAACACCUGUGUUCAUUGGUUCACUAGCCAUCUCAAGUAGUCAAACUGAGACUCUCUUGACGAAACACCUAGAUCUAAAUUUGAGUGUUACUACUAGUGCCUCACAUGCAAUGGGGAAAGUAUUAUCAACUGAAACUCAGGUGAAUGUUACUAGUUCUCUUUUGAGCAGCAUCCCACCAGUAGCAGCCUCAAGUUUGUCGGCUGUUAAAGACAAUAAAACCGUUUCUACUGUCGUAGAGAAUAUCCCAUCCGCCUCGGAAAUGCGUGUGCUGUCUCAUACCAGUACUAAUCUUGAAGCUCCGCAGUCUUUUGUUGGAAUUGGCGGCAGUAUUGUCGGGGUAAAAUCAGGAUUGAUAAUAUUUCAUGCUACGACAUCACUUCAACAAGGUGGAGUGACUCUUGCGUCUGGCAGCACCACUCAAGUUCCUGCCUCAUUGCCGGUUUCGCUGAUAGAGGGCACAUCUUCGGCUGGAGAACAAUUUUUGUCGUCAUCAUCAGCUAUUUUGGAGGCUUCGGCAUCAAUACUUCCUGAUGAAAAACGUAGAAAAAAACGAGCUGCUGGAGAGUUUGGUUUUGCAGCAUCAGGUAAUCAAUCCUUGUCCUCCCUCACACUAAAUCACUCAGUAACGGCGACUGUGGCUUCCACAACUUUACAUUCUGGUCAAGCAGAUUCAAUUGUACUGUCUUCGCCUAUGACCAGUCAAACGCUUCUGAAAGCCAACAGUUCGUCACAGUCAGCUGAAGGUGGAAUUACGAUUUCAUCCUCUUCGGAAAUGCAUUUACCGUCUCUUACCAGCUCUAGUGUCGUUGCUCCACAGUCUUUUGUUGGUAUUGGCAGUGUUGUCGGAAUAAAAUCAGUAUUAAUAAAAUUUCCAACUACGACAUCGUCUCAGUUAGGUGGAGUGACUCUUGCAUCUAGUAGCAGCACUCAAGUUGCUGCCCGAACAUCGGUUUCGGUGGUGGACGUCCCUGUUCCUAUGUCGGUGACGAGGUCAUCCGUACAGCCACAGUCAGUCUCACUGGGCAACAGCUCCAAUCUAGUGGGUGCAUCUCACUCAUUACCUCCAGAAAACUCGACUUCUACCGUUCCCACCCUUGCGGCUUCACCUAGCUCUAGUCAUUCCUCAGAUCAAGAAUCCGCCGUCAAUGGCACGAGUGUUCCGACCUCUGUUUUGAUCUCACCAAGUAGCGCAACGAACAGCUUUUAUCUGUCACCGUCAGAACCUGGUAACAAUAUAGGCAGCCACUCUGUCAUGGCUACACGAAGCCUUUUCUCAGUUCCUGAGUUACCCUCAAAAUCAUCACCAGGAGCAGUGGAGUCCUCUUUGCCUCUUUCAGUGACAACUGAGCCUACGAUGGGUGCGUUGAUCUCAUCCACGUUUGUGUAUAAUGGAACUCUGCCUCCAACAUCAUCCUUGGAUUUGAAAAUAUCGUCUUCUGCCAUAUUGGUUAACACCUCAUCCAUGGAAGGUCACUCAUUCACAAGUGUGUCGUCAAUCGUACAAAAUGUCUCAGCAAGUGUGGCCAUCUCGUUAACGGUUACUGAUUUUGUUAAGAGCUCUCAAACACUUUCCUCGGAUUUCAAGUCAUCUUCAACUGCAUCGAUUGUUGAAAGAACUUCAUCUCUCAUCUCAACAUUUGAUGUUGAUAAAACUUUUUCCUCCACUUACACCUCGGAUAUAAGGACUUCAUCUGCUGCUGCGGGUGUUAGUCAACCAUCUUCACUUGCUUCCUUGGGAAGGAGCCCAACACAGCAGCCAUCAAACGCAAGUGUAAUAUUUUCUUCGACAUCAAUGGUCGGAAGUUCUUCAGUAACAGUCGCUUCAUCGGUGUCAAAUGUACCCAAGAACGUCACCGUCUCAUCCUUCUCGUCCCAGUCUCCAUCAUCCAUUCCCUUUCCAAGUGAAACUGUUGGGGUUAUUUCAAGUUCUGUCAUGUCUCCAGCACCAACGUCAGUAGUGAAAAGCAGUGCUGUAGUUAGCCCCUCUAUGACUAUAACCACAAAUUCACGUGUUUAUAAACCACCUUUAGUUACUAUUUCGAGUCUUGGGAUGUGCUACGUUGUGUAUACCACGAGGAUAGUACAGCCAACUUUGGUAACAACACAAUCAUUCACAGUGUCAUCUACAGCUACAGUGAAUGCGAACUUUACAUCGGGAUUUUUGGCAAAUGCGACUGCUAGUCACUUGUCAACACCCGUAUCACUUAAUGUCAGCACCUCAGUAGUUGUCCGCCCAACCCUCCAGGUUAAUUUCACAAGCACCGAAUUUUCCCUAAUGGAUCUUCCUACCACAAUGUUUUCGAAUUUUACUUUAAAACCCAGCAGUACUUCUACCGUUGUUUUUGGCAACUCCAGCGUACUUUCCAUUAAGACAACUACGUCACGUGCUGUCUCCACUGUCAUCAAAUCAAGCUCUGUGUCUGAAACGCUCAACGUCUCUCAGUCAGUAUCCAAAGGGACCAUUCAUGUCAUCAGCGUUGAGAAAACAGCCAUUCCUACUUCUUCAUUUCAAUCAAAGAGUCCAUCUGUGGUCGGCACAGACGUCCUAUCCUCCACGGGGUUAUCAUCUUCCACCCCGCCACCAACAACUCAACACCUUUCGCCCACAGCAGCAGCUUCCCAAGUGGUGUCAAGCUCUGUGGCUGUACCCACGCCUCAGCCUUUAGAUCCAUCUCUGUUGGUAGAAACGAUCGUGAAAGUGCCUAACGACAGAGAUAUUCAGUCACCAGAAUUCAAAUCGGAGCUGGAAGUUAAUCUCGCAAAGGCAUAUUCCUUCGCUUUAGUGACGACCAGAAGGCAAAGAAGGGCAACACCCGAAAUCAAUGUAACUGUAAGUACUGUGGGUUUCGUUACUUUUGUCCUUACGCAGGACCAAUGCUUCACUCUGGAAAACGGUAACGCUCGAAACGUUAGCUUUGGAAAUUCUUUACGCUGGCUAAUUUACAUAAUCAACUCAGUUGUUAAAACUAAAUUAUAAUUCUAUGUUUGAUUGGUUUUCUUUAUCUGGUCAUCACUCCGAGAUUCCGGCAAAUGUAUAUCAAUGUGAAAUUAUUGUUUCGUGCCAAAACCUCCCUAUAGUAGAUGUUUACUUGUAACGGACUGAACCUAUAUGUAUGUUUGAAAGUGGCAAUUGAAAGAGGGCUUCUUGUAAUCUUGUGAUAUUUCAGCAACUGGUUAAUUUCUGCUGUUUCAUUGGGAACCAGCUGCGUGUGUCGUAUCGGCGUUCAAAAUGUUAAUUCCAAGACAAAUAGGGGAAGGCACCUGGGGUGUUAUCUGUAACUUUGUUUGGCUCAGUGAGCGAGGGAAUACUUAACCUUAUCUCGCGUAAUUUACGCGUACAUGUAUGUAUGGUUAGAUGUACACGAAGACAUUCAUGUUGAGCUUCUUAACAACCUAAAUGCAAGUGACGCAACAGAUCUUGUGGAUCAUUCCAGACUCCCAUCAGACUACAUGAUUGUUCUGUUUUAUGAUGACUACAACUCUUUUUUUUUUUAUUACGGCUCUAGUGCACAGUAGCAUAUAACCGAUACCUGGGAGACAUUGGCUUAAGCCCCUUGGAACCCUGAUUUCGUUGUUCAGGCUCUGCAAUCUGUAAUUGUGUUCAUUAUUGCUCACCUUUGACGAUCAUUUUUCCUUACUUUUUCCAACAGAUCGACAACAUGGAGCGUGUGAACAAUGGAGAGGUCGUCAAUGUGACCUUUUUUGUCUCUCAAGACGAUAGGAAGGUUCCUGCAUCCGAGUCUGUUCAAGCCUAUCAGAGGUUAACAAAGGCCGAGUUAGGAAACUUCAUCAACUUCGAAGUAAGUUAGAAAACUCUCUUUUUUCAGUUUAAGUGUAUUUCAACUGAGUGUCUUGAAUGAGCUACAACGGCCAGUCACAAUGAAAGGAGGAUAUCAUGAAAAGCUGGUGAGCUAAUAACCAAGUUGCGGUUAGCUGAGGUUCGCAUCUGAUCUGUUGCGUUGCAUUUUUCGUCUGAACGGUUCACUCAAAGUGCUUGCUUUACUCCACACAAAGGUAUAGCUGAGUCCUAGCAAAUUGCCAUGUGACCUGGAAAAACAUUGACAUGUCGUCAAUCUUUGCCGACUUAUGGCACAGAUUCAGAGCGGGCGUCAACAGUUAUGUGAAUGUUUUCUUAAAUAUUUGCCAUACUAGUAUUGAAGCAGCAAUGCCAUGUAGGUCUGUUAAGGGAAAGAGGGAGGAAGGUAGGAGGGAGAAGGGUAGGUAUGAAUUUGAAUUUGAAGUAACUGAGAGAAGUUUUCCCAAGGAAUCCUGAUUAAUACUAACCGUGCUACAUAAUGUAAUCUCUUGUAGGUUGUUAACAUGCCUGAGGCCUUGGUAGUACUACCAACUACAUCACCUCCAUCGUAUAUCCUUGUAUCCUUAAUCAUUGCAUCGUCUGCGAGUGAGAACAUCUCCGCUCCAGCGAAUAAAAAGAAGCUGGAAGAUAACCUGGCUGCCUAUUACGGAAAGCAGAAGCAGUUAGCAACCCCUGUUACCGCUACAGUAAGUCACUUCUCUGGGAUUUAAAAAACAAGGAUUAAAGUAAACAUCAGCGUGAUUUUCUAGAAGCACAAGAAGGGUUCAGUGUCUGGCCUGGAGGUUUAACCUUGAUUUGUAUUUUUGUUAAGUUGAUGAUUAUUUCUGUUUUCAGAUCACGACUGUCAUCCAUGAACCAAAUAACAUUGUGUACCUGGAAUUUUACAUCUCUGUUGAUGGCACUCCUGUUAAUGCAACUGAUGUGGUCGAAACCUUUAAAGUUCCUCAUGUCAACUUGCUCAACACAGAUCUUGAAGUUGAGGUAUCUAACGAUCAUGUGCAAAUUAUUGCCUUAGGGUCGACUUUCUCGCUUCCUCUACCUCUUUUGAUAAGUUUGACUCCGGAAAAGGUGAAGCAGUUCCGCUUUCCAUAGUUUAAAAACAAAAUUAUAGUAUUUUGCUUUUCUCUAUUCUCCAUUUCGAGUCACUAGUUUUUGUAAUCAGGAGAAUAGAGAUUGUUAGUAGUGCGUGACUAGAUUUCAACUAAAUUGUUGUUUUGUUCACAGGUCUUGGUCCAGGUUUACAUUCCUGACUCGCUCACCGCUACUGAAGCGGAUCACGUCAUCAUAGGUGUUAGUGUAUCGGAAAGUGUGGAUUUAACCAGCGCCUCGUUCAGAAGUGACCUAGCGAGCAAACUUGCUACGGUGUAUCAGAACGCUAAGGGCAAGAUCAGUUCGCGGAGAAAGAAACGCAGCGGAAGCACAAGCGCAACUGUAAGUUUCAAAAGUUACCAUUACAAUCGAAUAGUUGAAGAGCUACGCGGUGACCUGAACUGUAGCCUGAAACAGUAGCCCACUGUACUCCGGAUCUGGAGGUUUGGGGUCUAGCCGUAGCCCGGCCAUUGUGUUGUGUGAUUCGGUAGGACAUUUGAGUCUCAUAGAGCUGAAUGAACUGUUGAGAAACCUGAAGACAUGCUGAGGUGGUCGUAAGGGGAGGGGGUGGUUAUUUACGACUGACUAGCAUCCCACCCGGGAAUAUAGAAACACUUCUGGUCGCUUCAUGGUUUGGAACUCGGAGAUGGGUCAGGUGUUGUGAGUUAAUUGGCUCACCUCUAAGAAGUAUUUUGGGCCUUUUUCGUCUCUUACAGAAGAGGAGCUAGGACCAUAGCUUUCGUGAACCUGUCGGGUAUUUUUAUCAUUAAGGUGCUGAUAGGGUAGAUAUUCGAUUCUGGUUUACUCCACGGCAAAGGUCUUCCAAAAUAAGACUUGUUACAAGUACUGCUCUGCAAUGAUAAUUCUCAUUAAAAUUCAUCCAGUUGUAGAGGGUGAGUAUGUGUGAGUGUUAAGUGGCAGGCUAACAAAGCGUCUAAAUUUUUUUUAUCAGAUUAAAGACGCUGUCAGAAAAACUGAUUCCCAGGCCUCUGAAGUAGAUGUUACGUUUUUCAUGUUUGACUCUGGUAAAGUUGUGAACUCCAGUUAUGUGGUGUCUGUCAUGAAUCGACUGAGCACCAGCCAGAUGACCUCAUUAACCAGACCAUAUGCGGUAAGAUUUACUUACAUAGCACAGACCGGUUAAAUGUGUACUUACGUACGCGGUUUUUCCCUGCGUAUAUCGCUAUACACCAGGCAGUAACAUCUUCUUCUGGCUGACAGCGCAGUCCCCUUUGUAAGUAGCGUGUCCUUGCUCAGAAACAAACAAAUGGGACUGUUGAAGCGCCUCAUUUGAAAUUGGGCCCAUUCCGCGCCCCACAUGGAGAUUUCCCGUGAGCCUUUGUCUUGGUUUACCCGAAUAUGUGUUUUUGAAGUCGUGAAUUGUGACAUUCUGUUACUGAUUUAGAUCCUAACUGCUCCCAGACAAGCAGUAGUGCCGACCACUGAAAUACCGCCCACCGUGGCUUCAAUACCAAUCAAAUGGUGGAUUAUUCCUGCGGUCAUCUGCCCAGUUUUAUUGAUUAUUAUUAUAGUGUGGGUAAUCUGGUGGCGAUGGAAGAAAGGAGCACCGACAUCUAAGGUCGAUCCACAUAGGGUUGAAAUGUUGGAAAUAGACAAGAGAAGGGUAAGAAUUUUUUGCUUAUAGCCAAGUGACAGCUUAUAGCCAAAUGAACCCGAAGAAGAGGUCUGCAGGGCUUCGUUUCAAGACCUCUUUUAGCUUGAGUUGUUCCUUCUCUGGAAGGAUUCCUGGUGUUGAAAUUCUGUUUUCAUUGAUGGUAAACACGAGACUGUUCAGCGAAACGAAUACAUACAGACAUUAUUUGUUUAUGUUGAAUCCCUCCUUCAGUGUUUCUAGACUCAAAGUAUAAUAUGUCCUGAAAUGGACCGAGGAAGAUGGAAUUGUGAGGUUGGAAGAGAUUCAAACGGAUUGAGAAUGACGAAUUUACCAAGACGCCCAAACUCGGCCAUAGCUCCUUGAAAUCUCUUACAGUUACCAAACCACAGAAUUGUACCGCAUAUAUAAUUUCUUCCAAAUCAUUCUUGGAAUGCUAUACCAAUUCUCAUUUGGUUGUUUUUCUUCAACCCUCAGCCUGUCCAUGGUUUUGACGUAGCUCGUUACACCGAACCAGGAGUAUCUACAGGUAUGAAGACAACGGCUUUUAUGGCGCGUUCCCCAACCUCUGGUGCUGAUGAUGAGGAAGCUGAGGCAAAAUCCAGAAGACGAGAAACUUCUUUGCGGAGAAAGGUUCCCAAGCGACCAAUACAGAAACUACCGGUUAGGGAACAAAGGCAGUAAGUGGCGGAUGAAAGACUCUCUGUUCAGUUUCUUGUUCUUCGGACCAGUCCUAUAAAUACUCAUUCACCAAGACUCAAUCGCGGUACCAAAUAGUCUCGUCUGUCGAUCCACCCUUCCAAGAAGUUGUAGACUUCAUCACAUGACAAUAAAUGUAUUAUUAUUAUCUUGACCCUUUACAGUUAUUGAUGCUAACGAGCCACAGAGAUGGCAUUCUUGACUUCUAUGAGUAGUAAUGAGUAUUAUCAUUUUCGCCAUAACUGAGGCGAUGGCCGUUUUUGAAGUGUGCAUUGUGACUGUAAUUUUAUAUAAACAACUUUGCUUUCUCUCCCCUCUUGCCAGGACAAACCCCGCCUUUGAGGAAGAGGAAGAAGAAGAAGGUGAAGAAAGCCCAGUAUCUGUCACACCUACUGGGAGUACUGAGGCGUUAACAAAAGGAAAAACGUCAGCAAAACCACCACCGGUCUCCAGAGAGCACCCUCCGGCCCAACCUCAGAGGCCUGUGGAACGAUCUGAACUGGACAGCGGAGAAGAUAGUCAGCUCUCCGAAGAAGAGUCCGAGUCUGAACCCGAAAGUGUAGCGCCGCCCGAAAAGGUAACGAUAAACAAUCGAUUUUUACAUACGAAACCAGCCUUCACGAGGGCCUCUUUCGAAGUUCAAUAAUUAAUUUUUCAGGAAAAUUAUUUUUAAAAAAAUUUUUUUAUAAUUGAUUAAGGUUUUUUAUCUUUAUUUCCAGCCAAGCCAUUCACCGGGCCAAAUACCAACUGUUGCCGUAAUGAGUGAGGCUAGCGGUCCCCCACGUUACCCCCCUGUGCGGUUCCGUUCCUCAGUACAUCCCGCCCCAAGCCUUCCCCCAUUAGAUCCGAAGCAGAAAUCUUUGGUUGGAGUUAAAGUAGAGGUAAAUGUGAAAGAAGAAAUAAAAUUUUUGGCCCUCGAUAACUUACCGAGGAAGUUUCCUGACCGUUGUCAUUUCCAAUUUCAAAAAGCCGUGUUCAGCAACAGUUACAGUUUUUGUGUCUAAAACAUUACCUGAUAUGUUUAAGUUCUUUAUCUGUAAUUUGAAUCUGUCUCUAUCAGCAAGCAUAAUCGUUCUCUGUGGUGUAUGUUUACUCUUUUAGUUUUAGGCUUCCCUCUAUUGAUCGUCAGUUCUCAAUGUCGAGAUUACUAACUCAAUAUAAUUGUAAUUGCUUUAAACUCUCUGCCGAAUAGCUACUGUAGUUAGUAAGGCAGUGCCUCUUGAGCCAACGCGUGAUUUUGUAUCUUAGCCGCCAUCCGAAGAUGACUCUUCAAGAGGCCGCCGAAAAGGCAAAGGGAAGAGAAAAGAGUUGGAACAGAGAGCGGCCUGGGAACGGCAAAAGAACAAGCAAAGACUGCGAGAAAGGAAGCGUAAUGAUUCUCAAAGACCAGGAAGUGCAGUUGUUAGCGAGAGGAGAGCCUGGGAUAGAGCUCAGCAUGACAUCGACGAUGCUCUCGGAGACGAUGAUGCGGAGCGAGUGAUCACGUGAGUAUUUGUGUACAGAAUAUUGGUUUACCAUGGACUGUAUCUGCUAUGAUACACCUUUGAUUGUUGGUAUCUGCGAUAAUGAUCGAAACUUCUUCGUAGGGGCCUGUCAGACAUUUGAACUGAAUAUGAUUUCCUCUUGACAUAAACCAUGCAUUCCUUCUGAGAAGUGGCAUUUGGGAGUUAAAGUUGAUCAUGGGAAUGAAGGACGUUUUGAAGAAAUGAUGGCUUCAUAUUUGUGAAAUUGUUUUCACUAAGGCUCGUUUGUAUGACCAAGAAUAUUGCUUUUGCCCUCAGCCAUUGCAGGCAUUUUCCUUGCUGAAAAGUCACAAGAUUAAACUGAAAAAUUUUCCGGCGAAUUUUGAUAUUCAGUUCUUUGAUUUUCAAUUAGUAUCUUGUAGAAUGUAUGUUAAGGAAAAGAUUGGAAGUAUGCUUUCACGGUCGCUUAAGAAUAUAUGAUCGGAGUCUAAGGUAUUUUUUGUUGUGGGAAGUCUUCACGUUCAUUCCUUCCUUCCGUUCUAUUCUCAUUGUUCUAGAUGUUUGUGGUUUAUUUGGGUCUUUAAACAAAAGAUUUUCAUUUGCAGUGGAAAGAAGCGAAAACCACGAAGAAAACGUCCCCCAAGCGGUUCAGUGGCUACGGAUGAAGAAGGAGUGCCGCAUCUGAAGAGUUACCGCAAACUGAAAAGUCCGAAAACAGCAUCCUCUACGAGUACACGGGUAUGAUUUGUAUUCUUCGUUUCCUUAUUGAUCAUUAACUUCAUAGCCGGCGCCCCAUAGAAUUCUGAUUUGGCUGUCAGAAUUAAGAUUGUUUUAGCCCUGUGAAAGCCAAAAGCGUGUCAGAAAGCUAGUGAUAAGCCGUCGUUAUCAUUAUUAUUUGUAGCUUUCCCAGGCUGCCCAAAAGGUGUUACGUUAUCGCAUCUUUCAAAAUUAAUGUCAGUUAUUUCUCAAAGAAGCUGUUUCGCCGACUAUUCGCUCUAACAUGAUCUGGAGCGAGAAAUGAAAUAUUUCGUACGACAAAGACAAACUUUGAAAAACUGCCAGGCAGAACUGUUUAACUUGAAAUUGAAACCCGUUUGAAUCAUUUUAUCUGUCUCUCUACUUCACAGUUUCAAGCGUUAAUUUUGAAUUUCACGCUUAAUUAUGGCAAGAUAUGGAUGGCUAGAUUUGACCCAUUACAGCUUUUAAGGACUACCCUGUAAUUUAUUAUUUCAGGACCGUGACAAGAAGCGCGGGAAUUCUGUGGACUCGGCCUCGAAUCCGUCAAGCGAAGAGGAAUCCGAGAUUGACAUGAAUGAAACACGUAUACGUAUGCACGCUAUGCUUGAUGACGCUUUCUCCCUAUUAGGACCACAGUCCGCGAAGAAACCUGAAAAAAUACCCGAGGGACAUCCUUCGCAUCCCGCCCCCCAUCCCACACAGGUAUAUUCCUCGACCCCAGCUCGUCCAGCUGUUAUUCCAAGGUGAGUUGUUUUAAUGGAAAGUCAGCUGUCUCGUUUUGAUUUUUACUCAGCCUCUUUGUCUGAGAACUUAAUAUGUGUUGCCGUUGUACAAAAAUUGUAGGAUCUUAUAUCUUUUCAUCCUUAAAUGGAGUUGCCACACAGUCUGCUAAUUUGGAAAAACGAGCGCAGAUUUUUCAAGUUUGGAAUUUCCAACCCGUUUUAAUCUUUCUCACUAUUAUCAUGCUUGUUCCGCCGAAGUUUGUCAAUUUUCUUUUUCAUUAUGCCAUGAUACCGGUCUGACAUUUUGGAGCCUUUUUAAUGUAGAGGAGAGUUAUUGCACACAUCUUAGAAUAUGAAUCCAAGUAUGGUGACAGCUCCCUCAAAAUCGGCCAAAGAUCAUAGAUUACUUAUUAGAUUGAACUUGUUAACGAUGUUAAAUUUAAACCUUCAUGUAUAGAUAUACCGGAGGGCAGCCUGCUUUGCCAGAGCCACCCCCAGCCCACGGUCGAGCCACAGAACCGACACCUGGACAGCGGAAGCGCGUUCAGCCAACAAUGCCUGGUUACCCAGUAGGUAUGCCUCAGACCCCUCUUGGCAUGCCGGGUUACCCAAGCCGCCCUCCUGUACGACCGGUUGUGACACGUGAUCCAAUAGUAGUCUGGGACCCUGCAGAUAGACAACGGUGAGCUAUUUUGUUUAUUUGAAUUACUAUCAUGCGUUCCUAAUUUUUAAAUCGAAGGGGGUGUGAUCGCAAUAAAGUCACAGUCAUUUUGAGUGCUUGGUGUCUUUCUAAUCUGCAGAAUUUUGAACCAGCGGGCGCCGCCUCCGACGUAUGCGUACACAGACCCUAGUGGACAAAAUGUCUAUAUAACCCCAGUGCAACAGCAACGAAGUGAUAUGGUAAGGAACAAACGAAAAAAUAAAUUUGCUUAAAUUGAAACUGGUGGGACACAAACGCCAGAGCCGUUUGGCAAUUUCCGACAAAAAAGAUUCUAUAGGAUUCUACAAUUACUCAGCAUGAAUAGAACAAAUUUGAUGAUCAUGUGAAUUCGUUCCGUGUAAUAUUUGAAAGCCAGCUUGGCUUGUAUCAGUAUAGAAGAAUCCUCUUACGGUGAAAGUUUUGGGAAAGAUUCUAUACUUACACGUUGUUUGUAACAAGACAGGUUCUAGAAAUCCUUCCGACAACCAUUGUUAGCUUUGGCUGAGACGUCUCAAGUAUGAAAAUUUCCCUCGAGUCAGCAGUCGGCAAGUUUACUAGAAAAUUGGAAACUGCUGACUAACUAUGGCAAAUAGAAUGACCACAGGGCUUGGAACUGAACCAAUGCUGUGCAGCAAUGUGAUUUAUGUUUCCCUAUCGAAGUUUUUUUUUUGUAAAAUUUGUGAAUGACAUUUUUUUUCUGUUUACAUUAGGGUGGUCUUGUAUGGAGUCCUUACGCCGCUGAAGACUCAAUGGAUGCUCUUUAUCCUGAUUUGGCUCAAGUAAGUUAGAGUGUAAAGGAACACUGCCAGAUCUGGGCAACUGUGCUACUUCUUGUAAUCUUUUGACUGUUGCUGGGUUAGGGGAGGGGUGGGUGCGUAAUUUCUCACAUACUGAAAUUGGUCGGUAGAUCAGUAGAAAAGUGUUAUAAAACCACAUUAAAUUCAAAGAGUCAGAGUAAUUAUUUCGUGAUCUUUUUUUGUUAAUCAGAUAUUCUUCUCUUUUGAUGCUUUAGGCAAGUUAUCCAGGCGCGCUAGGUAACAGUCCUCCUAAGGACGCAAGUUUCCUAUCUCAUCUCCAGGGCAUGCCACCUCACGACACCGUACUCAACAUGUCAGCCAACGGUACUUUUAACCAGCGGGGAUCUACACUCGGACAAUCUCCACAACCUUUAAUUAAAUCAAUAAAAGACGAACUUUUUAGAUUGUCCCAAGGGGGCUCUAGAAAAACACCCAUUACGGAGCUUUAGCAUUGAUAUACGAUUUUUUACCCUAGGUAUUUUAAUAAUCACUGAAUAUUUUAUUUUUGAGGAGAAGCAGUGAAGAUAUUUGUCAAGCAGCUGUUUCAAAAAAUUUUACAUGAGAUCAGUUUAAAUCCGUUAAAUUGAGUUAACUCACUCAAGUUUACCUACGUUUUCUUUAUUACAUUUACAACAGAAAACAUGAUUGUAGAUAUAUUUAAUGGUGGAAUGUCAUUGAAUAGUAUUACUGAGAAAGCAAAUGGUGUAAAUAAUUCCAUUGGAUUGGGACUGGCUUCCCUUUUUGCCGAUGGCCACUUCUUGAGCACAAUAAAACUAUUUUUGUGGCGUUAGGCGCCGAA